CCAGCUUUACUCUCACCUGUAGCGCAGGAAGUAUUUACAUCUGCAUCGCUUAUUGUCUUCUGCUGUUGAAUAUAUGGACUUUUAAUAUCUGUAACUUUGAAGCAAUAGAGUCGCUUUUUGUUAUUUUGAGAAAGUGAAGUUUUCCUGUCUGGCCGUUCAAAGCGCUGGCUGGAUACCUGCGCGCUGCGUUUGGCACGGAUGGAUCAGCUCUGAUGACGUUAUGAUGGCACGAGCCAUGCGAUUCAUAGCCGGAAUAACCUCGUUAUGACUUUAUCCUAACGAGUAUCUCUCAGUCGCUCUUUUGUCAGUUUUUUUCUUCUUUUUUAUUUAUCUCCCAGCACAGAGAUGGGUACAGAGAAGCCAAACUUUCUCUCGCAGCCUGUGGUGAAAAAUAUCUUUAUGUUCCGGAACGGAGACCCUUACUAUGAGGCCAGACGGAUAGUUAUCAACGAGAAGAGAGUGGGCAACUUUGAGACGCUGUUGCGAGAGGUGACGGGUGGGAUACAGGCUCCGUUCGGGGCGGUGAGGAACAUCUACACCCCGAGAGGGGGCCACAAGGUGGAGGGCCUUGACAGCCUGCAGAGCGGGGAGCAGUACGUGGCUGCAGGGAAAGAGAAAUUCAAAAAGAUCGAUUAUCUAGAUAUUGGCACCAGAAAGAAGAGGAUGAUGCAGACUCUGCCUGCACAGGCCAGACCACACAAUCGAAUAAUCGUGUCAGCACGAUUUCUAAAACCAAUCAAAGAGCCUUGUACAAUAUUUGUGGUAGCAAAUGGUGACGUGUUGAAUCCUGCAAUGAGACUGCUGAUCCAUCAGAGGAUAAUGGGGCAGUUCGACAGAAUACUAGAAAUGAUCACAGAGAAGAUGGGCUUGAGAGUCCUGGGAGGUGUGCGAAGUCUGUACACUUAUGAAGGCCAGCAGGUGACUGAUGGGAAUAAGCUGGAGUGUGGGCAGCUUUAUGUGGCUGUGGGCAGAGAGAGAUUUAAGAAGCUUCCAUACAGUGACCUUCUCUUCUCUAGGCCUAAAGGAACAAGAAGGAUCAGAGGAAUGAAGGCCCAAUGUCUACCACCCAUCUAUCGAUUUUCAAAACAAAAUGGAAAUAAUAAGUCCACUGGUCGUUCAAGUGACAAUGGGGAUGCAGAUUCCAAAGCCUCCCCCUCAAACCACUGCAGCAAUAGCAGAGAACAUCUGGCCUCUGCUGUAAGAGAGAUCUCCCAGGCCAGGCUCCUCACCCUCAGGAAGAAGAAGAGUGGACAAAGCAUCACUGCCGGCUCGCCUGAUAGUGAUGACGCAGGACAGGCUGACCGUGAAAACACAGAGGCUAAAACCUCCCAAGAUCAGGGAGCCAACGAGAAUUCUGUUGGUGAGAUGACUUCACUGGAGGACAGUGAAAAGACCAAGGAGAAUCCUUGUUCUGAGACAGAUAUGUCCACAUGCAAAGAUGAAAAGGAGGAGGUCCAAAGUACAACUGCUGUAAAAGAAGAAGAGGAGAAGGAAGCUGUUCAAAAUGAUGAAAAUACUGAAGAGAAGGCAGCUGAUGUGCAAAAGGGUGAAAAGGUAGAAGAGAAUAAGGCAUCUGAUGAGCAAAAUGCUGAAAUAUUAGAUGAGAAACCACCUGAUGAGAAAAAUGGUGAAAAAGUAGAUGAUAAACCAACUGAUGUGCAAAAUGGUGAAAAGGUAGAUGAGAAGGCAACUAGUGAGCAAAAUGAAGAAGUAGAUGAGAAAGCAACUGAUGAGCAAAAUGGUGAAAAAGUAGAUGAGAAACCAACUGAUGAGAAAAAUGGUGAAAAAGUAGAUGAUAAACUAACUGAUGAGCAAAAUGGUGAAAAGGUAAAUGAUAAGGCAACUAGUGAGCAAAAUGAAGAAGUAGAUGAGAAAGCAACCUAUGAGCAAAAUGGUGAAAAAGUAGAUGAAAAGAAGGCAUCUAAUGAAACAAAUGAUGACAAAGAAAGUGAAUGUUCUACAGUAAAUGAGGAGAAGGUGGAGGGAAAUAAAAAAGCGAAGGAGGAGGUCAGCGAAGAGAGUAAGAAUGAGGUUAAUAGCGAGGAGCAAGGAUCUACUAGUAGUGCUGCUGGUGAUAUGACCCAGGACAAUAAAGAGCAAAAGGAAGGUCUAACUACAUCCUCUGAGGCUGAGAAAGAGCAAGACACUAAUAUAGAUGAAGAUAAGCAAGAGAAAGCUGGUGGUAAUGGGGAGGAAAGCACCAAUGACCACAGUAAUGAUGCAGACACUGGGGAGGGACAAAAAGAGGCAGAAAACAGGAACAUCCCUGGUGAGACUCAGUCGGAUAAAAGAGAAGGGAGCGGAAUUACUAGCAGCAGCAGGGACAGUAACCAGGAGGACAAUCUGAUAAAAGCUAAAGAUGAGGCUCCCAACAAACCAGGAAAAGAAGAAAAGAUUAAUGAAGUGGUGAAUGUAGAUAAUGAAAAGGUGGAAAUUCAAGCAAAACAGGAAACAAACAGUUCAGCUAGUUUUGAAGAUGAAACAAAAAGAAGAGAGAAAGAAGAGGAUGCUGCUAAAGACAAAUAAAGACCAAAAAAAAGCAUUUGUUGCCCCUUCAAAAUCAACAAGACUGAAAAUUAAAGAACUAUGUUUUAAGGUUUUCUUAGUUUUUCCAAAAAAAAGAUAGCUUGUAAUUUAAGGAGUCUUUCAAAGCCUUUGACUAAGUUAUACACACAAGUUUAUAACCAAUAAAAGCUAUAGUCAUAUUAAUUCUAAUAUUAAAUAUCCCUUUUAACUCUUAAGGUGCUUUCAUAUCUCAUUAACCAAUCUGUAGAAAAUAUAGAUUUGAUGAAUAUGAUGAUAAUAAGGAUGAUGAUGGUAACAUUGUAGUGAAUUUACACCUCAUUAACUCUCAUAUGAAUUUAAACAGUCAGUCUGGUUUGACAUCUUGUAUUAAGGCUGUAUGUGAAAUGUGAAAUGCAUAUGUUCAUUUAUGUAUUUUUUCAUUAUUAUGGCUUUCCACUUACAGAAAAAAUAAACGUCAUAAAUAAAAAAAAAACACAAAUUUCCAUUUUUUAUUACUGGAUUGGUUUUAUUUUAGCAGGUUGACUGCUUGAUCAUUGAAGUUCUUCUGUGAGAUUUGGGGCAAUGAUUUUAGUUUAUGCCAGGUCAUAGAAUUUUAACAGCCAUUUAAUGCAUUCUUAGAGUUUAU